AAUUAAAGGUUUUAAUCGAUUAAAAAAGGAAGACCAGCAGGAAUUGUUAACAAAACUGGGAAAAGGUGAAAAAAGUAAGAAGCGAAAAGGAGACGCAAAGGCAGAUACUGGUGGCAAAAAGGCAAAGAAAGAAGAAUCAGAAGAAGAAAAAAUUCUCCGGGAACAAAGUCAGCUUAUUUGGAAAUACAGAGACCUCCUCACCAAGAGUGUAUCUAACAAUGCAAUGAAAGUAAUGUUACAACUAAAUGGUCAAGAGCUACCCACAGGUGAAAGUCGACUCCUAGAUGCCUGUACAGAUGCUAUGGUGUUUGGAGCACUUGAGAAGUGUCCUGAGUGCAAGAAGGGUCAACUUGUAUACUCUGCUGUUGGGUACAAAUGUACAGGAAACAUGACGGAAUGGACCAAAUGUAUGUAUAUCACAAAGACGCCCAAACGAAAGAACUUCAAAGUUCCAAAGGAUUACUAUGACGUGCCUUUCCUAAAAAAUUUCAAGUUUCAAAAAAGAGAACGAGCAUUUAGUUCUGCUGCGGUGGUAAGCUCUCUAGAUGGCUCAUUGGACACAGUGGAUUCAGGAGCUGGGCCAUCCUCCUCAUCAUCUCAGUCAUUGGAGGGAAUGAAGUUUGUCUUGGGGAAAACAGAAAAACCUAAGGAGGAAAUCAGUCGAGAGAUCACCAAGCUUGGAGGAUUCAUUGUUAACAAAAUGGCGUCUGAUGUUGCAGCUUGUAUUUCCACAAAGAAGGAGGUAGAUAAAAAGUCCAAGGUGAUAAAAGACGCUGAAAAGGCAGACAUUCAUGUUGUGGAUGAGGGAUUUUUAGACAGUGUACAGAAAGGUGGCGCACUCCUUAUGAUACAGACUCACUCUAUAGCAUCCUGGGGUGCAGAUCCGACAUUGCGUGUGAGUUUACCGUCUUCAAGCAAGAGUGGUGGAAAGAAGAGUGGCAAGAGUUAUGGUGCAUACAAAGAUGCUGCAGAGAAGAUGUAUACUAAAAGAGUCCCAAAAACAAUGAAAAUGACUGUGAAAGGUGGGGCUGCUGUAGACCCUGACUCAGGCUUGGAGAGUUCAGCACACAUCUUGGAAGAUAAAGGAAACAUAUACAAUGCUGUCUUGGGGAUGGUAGAUGUUGUAAAGGGAACUAACUCUUUCUACAAAAUACAAGCCCUGGAGCAUGAUAAUGGUGGAAGAUGGUGGUUGUUCCGAUCAUGGGGAAGAGUGGGGACAACUAUAGGCAGCAAUAAGAUUGAACGAUGUGAUUCUCGAGUAAGUGUCAUAAGAUCCAUGGAAGCCCUAUAUAUGGAAAAAACCGGCAAUUCUUGGGCUGACAGGAAAAACUUCGUCAAACAGGCCAACAAAUUCUACCCUCUGGAGAUUGAUUACGGUCAGGUAAGUACCUAAAACAUUCUGUCUUAU